ACGUUGAUCCUCGUAUGCCUACUUUACGAACACUAAUACUAUCAGAGGACGAUAAUUCCACAAAUGAGGACUCGAAUGAAGUACUACAUGGUUCCAUAAACCUUAAGUUACUGAUGAGGCAGAGAUCUGAUGAAGAGAGGAAAAGGGUGGUAGAGUUAGCAAAUAAAGUCAAACUUACUGACCCACUGUGGGUAUUACUGACAACAGGAAGUACAGGGGAUCUAAAUACUGUCUGAGUAGCCACAAGGCCUCAAUGUAUGGAGCAAGUAUUAUGAUACCGAGGUACCAGGUUGAACAAGGAGACAGAUAUUUCAACGACCGUCCGAUGUCAUGGGUUGGUGGAGCAUUAUUCAUGGGCGCAUGCGCAGCUGGACAUUUUACACUUGUAACAAUUGACACGCGUCACUUAACGUGCCAAGCAAACCCUGCCACUGUCUUAAAAAUCCUGCAAGAAGAAAGGGUAGCCUUUGCCCUACUAUUACCAUAUAUCUUAUACGAUCUAUUAAAGCUGGAUGAUUCAGCUAUCUCGAGUGACCUAAGUGCCCUAAAAGUUGUACUAACUACUGGUCAGAGGCUUGACAUUAACAUGAUUGAAAAGUUUAAGGCCAAGACAUCUGCAAACGUCACUAUGGGUUACGGUAUUACAGAAGUUAAUGGUGCAGUGUCCGUUAUUUUCCCUUAUGGAGACUUCUACAAACAGCACACCACUGUGGGCUACCCAUCAGAACACAGUGAAGUAUCCAUUCAAAACUACAUGGACAAAUCACUGAAUAGAAUUAUGCCAAUUAAUACAAGCGGGGAGAUUUGUAUCCGAGGUCCUGGUAUCAUGACGUGUUAUCUGAACAACCCAGUUGCAACCAAGGAGGCAAUUGAUGAAGAUGGUUGGUACCACACUGGUGAUGUAGGCACCAUGACACCAUAUGGUUACAUCACAAUUACUGGCCGUCUGUCGCAUUUUAUCAAGCGGGGUACUGUCAUUAUUCAACCAGCGAAGAUAGAAGCGGAGCUAAUGAAGCAUCCUAAGAUACACAAUGUACAGGUGAUAGGUGUGUCGGACCCAAGACUGUUUGAAGAGUUAUGCGCAUGCCUCAUCCCCGAGAAAGAUUGUAAUCUCACAGAGGAAGAGAUCAGACAAUGGUGCGAUUCUGUAUUCAGCGACGACAACCUGGACGGACUCAGUAGUGCACCGAAGUACUUCAUCUUCCUUGAGAAAUGUCCAGUUAAACCGAACGGUAAAACAGACACUUUGGCUUUAAAGGAGUUGGCGAAGGAAAAAUUCGGAUUGGAUUAGCUUAAAACAGGACUAAAUGAAACGAAAAUAUAUGUGGAGUCUUAACACUUUCUAAAGAAGCAUUUUGAUACAGUUAAAACACAAAAUCUACUCAACUCAAUUCUACAUGUUAGACACACAACCAAACGUAAAAUGUAGAACAGUUCAGUCAGGCAUGGAAAAAAACAGCUUCACAGCAAUAACCGACUUUAGAGCGCUCCAUUCUGAUUUCACUUCAGUUUCGUUAAUUCCUAUUUAUUUUGACUGAGAAACCAAUUUCCUGACAGAAACCUU